CUAUCAGGUUACACUUUAGAGCUAACAAAGUAGUGGAUCGGGGCAGAUAGUGCAUAUUCUUAUCAUUUUUCAAAAUAAUUUGAGUUUUUCCCAUACUCAUUGAGUCGUACCUAGAAAUGAUAACCGGUUCUGGUGGGUUGGUUUUUAUAUAUACCAUAUUCGACCACAAUUUUAUAAUCGUAACCAUCUCGUAAUCAAUAUUUUGUGGAGAUGUAAAUGUCAUACCUAAGACUGAUAACCGGUUGGCAAUUAGUCGGUUAACCCGAAAAUUGAAUCGAAAACCACGGUUAUUCGGGUAACCACAAGACGAUAAUAGGGGUUGCGGUGUCGGCAUCGGUUGUCUAUUUGAGCCUUUUUUUAUAACCGACAACCUCCGGAUGCUAACGGAUAAAAAAUUGAUGCACCGGAAGUAACUGCCUGGCAGAAAUAGAUAGCAACUAGACGUCCUUCUACCUGCCCACCAGUCACCAACCAAAUCUUUCCCUCUUCCGACCUCGCUGCUCUCUCCACUUGUUCUUCCAAAUUCCAAUCUCAACUCCCUUCUUCCUCACCAAUCUGACCUCCCUUCUACCUCCGUCCUCACCAAUCGUCGCCGCCAAUAAUCACCUUCAAUCUGUUGCCUUCUUCUUGCAUGUUCCAUGCAACAGAGGAUUUAAAUCCAGAUUCUCCGGCAGCUCUUUCUCGUCUUCCUCUGCCGCGGAGUCAAGAGCUGCCACUGCCAUGCCCUUCUAUCAUAAAUAGAUGUAGCUUUCCCUAGUCGGCCUCCUCCUUCUUUGUCAGUUGUUGCCCCAUCAUCUGUCGUCGUCCUCAGCCUCUUUCCUUUGUCGUCGUUCGAUUUUCUCGGUCUCUGAUCUUCCUUCUUGUGCCUCCGGCCAUGAAUUCAGAUCCAGAUCUUCCGCUCGACGCUCUCUCCCCUUCCCCCCUCAUCUACCUCAAUUUGUGGCGGACUCCGAUCCGGAUUUGACACUCACGUAUGCUCGUUGUCACCCAUCAUCUACCUCCGAUUGCUCUCUCUUCUUCCUCUGUCGCUGGUUCAAAAUUAGGAUUUUUGGGUGAUAUGCAUAGCGAUGUCGGUGGUCAGAGGUGGUGUGUGUCGAUCUCGGAAUAACCGCCGCUUGAAACUGAAACUUACAGUUGCGGUUAUCGGCUAACCGAUAGUGUCGUCGACCUCUGUUGCGGUUGCUGGUGUUUCCUCUUUCUCGGUGUCGGUUAACCACCUUUGCGGUGCGGUUAAACCGCAACCACCGACUAUCAAGCCUAGUCAUACCCAAAUCAACCAGCAUCCUGUACUGGGAAAACUCACAUGAACCAUCCCCGAACAAUCAUGUGUAUAUUUUUUGGCUAAUACCACUACAAAGCCCCAACUAUCGAAAAAGUGUCAUUUCCUGUUUUCAAAUAUUCAAUAUGAAAAUCCUAGCACGAACAUUCGUCUUCGUUAACUUAAACAACGUUGACUGUCAGUGAUCAAUAGUCAACGACUUGACUGCGGAUGUCAGCUGAUCUUGAUUAUUUUUACAUUAAAAUUAACAAAACAAUAAUAAAAAUAUUUUACUCCAUGUAAGAUUAGUUUCAAUUUUGGUGGUUGAAUGUCUUUGCAGUCGGCCUGUCGCAAACUCAUAAUCGUCUAUUUCAUCAAACAGGGCAACCAUGUCAGUUUUGUCUCCAUUCCCAUUUCGCUACUCUCCGCAUUUCCCUCUACUUCCGUUGCCGCCACUUCUUCCACCACCUCCGCCCGUCUCAUAAUCUCCGCCACCGCCAAGUCUUAUUCUUACUACCACGUAGUGAUGGCAAAGGGGCGGGGAGGCUAAUACCCGUGCGGGUACGGAGCGGGACGGGUCGACCCACUCUUACAUGUUAUAUGAAAAAAUACACGCAAAAUUUUACUUUUUACGAUAAAACAAAGGGGAAAACUUUUUAUUAAUGAAAAAUAGUGAUAAUGGAGCGGGUAAUGAAGUCUAACUAGUUGAAAUGUUGAGCCUAACUAGUUGAAGAAAAGUCAAAAUAUGAUAAAUAUAGAUAGAUAUUGUAAGUAUUUGAGGUAAGAUGAGCCAAGAACGAGGAGGGGCGGAGCAGGGCAAGUCGGAAGCAGAUACACAUUCUUCGUCCCAUGCUACUGCAGAUCAGGUAAUACUCGCUGCAUUGCGGGUCUGUUCGAGUAAUACCUACGGGGUGGGUUCAAAUUGCCAUCACUAAUACGACGGAGUUCCCGUUUGGAGCUAACAAGUCGAAGGCCCAAUUUGGUGACCCGUCGCGCUGUCGCUCAGGGGGUCAUCGUCGUCAUAAGCUUCCACUCCGUUGAAGCCCGUUCCUCCUUCCCCUCUAUCUUCUUCAUCCCCGCUGUUUCUGGUAGGUUCUGCCUCACAAUUGGGUAUCACGGAGGGUAAGGCAUGGUGACUUUAGAGUUCCAGAGGCAGAAGGCUAAUGAGCUUCAUUAGUAUUUCUAGCAGAAGAAGCUCAAGGAAGCAAAUCAGGGUACUUUCUUCGGGUUCAUUGACAAAAAUGAGACUCAAAUCAGGGUCCUUUCUUCUGAUGGUAGACCCAAAAAAGUUUUCCCUUCCCUUAGUUCUAGGAAGCAAGUUAGUGUUCUUCCCUUUUUUAUUUUUUAAUGAAAUUAAUUGUGAACUAAAAAAAUCUUAUGUGUUAAUGACGUGGUAUUUACGUGUUUGUCACAUCACAAAUAGUCAACAUUAUUUUCACCACCGUCUAUCAAUCGUUAUCUACAAUGGUCACUGAAAUCGUCAUGACACAAAUGUCACAUAACACAUAAAGUUCGUGCUAGAAUUGUCAUAUUGAAUAGUUGAGGGGAAAAAAUAAAAUUUCUCGCACAAAAUAAAAUUUUCAAAAAUUAUAUGGUAAAAUGGUCAAAAUAUUGGUGAUUUUGUUUUUUCAUACUUUGUGGUGGAACCAGUUACGGUAACAUGGUUAAUACAGAUAGACACUAAAAAUACCCCAUUUUAAGGAAAAAGAAAGAAAAUAAUUGUGAUACAUGCACAAAUCUUUGCUAACCAUUCUUACCUUAACUUAAUUAAUAAAUUACUUACAUUCCAAAAAUAUUAUUGGAGAAAUCUAAUAUCAAAUAUUUAAUAAGAAAAAAUCAAACCCGCAACCAUCGAAAGGAAAAAAAAGUAGAACGAGUCAAGAAAACAUGUUGAAGAGACAGAGGACACCGACUAACGAUCAUCUGCUAUUAUCUGAUUCAGAGACAGGCUCGAAUGAUUCAAAAGAGUUGUUGGUUCCACCUACAAAGAUCUGCAUGGAAACGGAAAUCUCUUCUAAGAUUGCUGCUAAAGUCGAUGUUGAUAAGAAGGACAAUAACCGUAUCGAAAAAUUCAAAGAAAUGCUGAAAAGAGCAAAGGAAUACCAAGACAAAAUGAAGGAGAUUCCAAUUCCAUCCAACGGUGGAAAACCAGAGCAGACAACUGGCGCUCCAAUCCUGACUUGGGAAGGAGUAGGAGCAAGUUUAAGGCAAAAGCAUGAGCAGCCACUGCACUAUCUCACUCGCUGUGUCUUGGCGAAGUGGGACAGCUGGAAAACGGCGCCGUUGGACCCGAGCGACGCCGUCUCGGUAGUCUGGGGGAUUGAACAAGUCCAUAGGAAGUGUGCUUCUUCCGUCUUUUUAGCCAAGAUGUGGUUUACCGACCCUUCGUACCUUGAGUUCGUUGACCUUCCUUAAUUGGUCCCUAGUGUUUUUAUUUUGUCGUUCCAGCUCUUUUUUGUCUCCUGAUUGAGGGAGUGCUUGUUUGUUGGAUUUGAAAAAUAAAGGUCUUGGCCAAAUCUUUGGAUUUGGAAAACGAUAGAUUGGUAAUGAGUUUAGUUGUUCGGAAUUUGGAACCAUUGUUGUUUGCUUUGUGAUUUUGGAAAUUUUGAUAUAGGCUUGUUGGGUUUGCUUAUGGAUUUUGUUGAAUGAGCAUUAUUAGUUUAAAUGUGAGUUUACUUUGCUAUCUAUAAAUUUUUAUUUUAUUUUAAUAGAUAAAAUAUUUUAUAGUGAUAAGUGCGUUUAUUCUCAUAAUGAAUUUGUGAGAUAAAUCUCAUUUCAAUAGGUGGGUUUUCCAAAUUUAUUGGUAAGGAAAUCCAUAUUGGGGAAGUGUUGGAUUCGGGCUCAAGAUAGGGUGCAUAACUACGAGUGACCAAUAUCUGGACCCUUCUUUUAAGUGGCUGCAGAUCUAAGAGUGGAGAAUUAAAGAAAUUUAGUUUUCCUAGUUUUCUUGAUUGGAUCAUAUCUUCUUCAUUCUAACUCGGAUUUCAAUUUUUUUUCACAGAUGGAACGAGUUUAUUGAGAAAAAAAAUUCCUUACCUCUCGUUACCAACUCUAUACCAUAUGGCAUCUCCUUUGUUUUUUAGUCUUUUUCGAAAUUUUUGCACAGAAGGAACGAUUUAAUCAUGAUCUAUUGGAUUUCAAAUUUUUCUGGGUGAAAAAAUUUCAUACCUCUCGUUACCAACUUCAUACCAUACUAUACCACCCUGGUAUGGGUAAUAUUUUUCAUACCAUAUGGUAUGAUGUUAUUUAAUAACAGUCAGUCAAUACCAUAUAUAGUAUAAAAACUAUCAAAGUGGAUAUAAUUUUGAAGAGCACAAUUAAUCUGAUCUAACUGUGCAAAAAAAUUAAAUUUUGAGUUAAAACGAGUGAGAAAUCGUCCGUUAAAGAUUAAGAGAAAGAAAUUAAAGAUUUUUCGAGGAGAGAGAAGAAGACGCUGAUAUGACGGAUUCUUAUUGGAUUAUGCAUGGGGUUAUAGAACCACAAGGUUAUUGACCGGAUCUGCUCCCUUGGAUUUGGCUCAACUUAAGGUGCUUAAUAUGAGUAACCAAAUUUGGACCCUUCCUUUUAAGUGGCUGCAGAUUUAAGGGUUGUGAAUUAAACACAUUUUAUUUCCCCUAUUUUUCUUAAUCGGAUCAUAUCUUCUUCAUUCUAACUCGGAUUUUAAUUUUUUUUUGGACAGAUGGAACGAGUUCGUUGUGCUCUACAAAAUGAGAUCUAUUUUCAAUAUUUUUUAUAAUUUUUUCCAUACCUCUCAUUUACCAACUCCAUACGUUUUAAGUCCUUUACGGAGUUUUUGCACAAAAAGAACGAUUUAAUCAUGAUCUAUUGGAUCCAAAAAUUUAUGGGUGAAAAAAUUUCAUAACUCUUGUUACCAACUCCAUACCAUACUAUACGACCCUGGUGUGGACUGGUAUCUUUCAUACCAUAUGCAGUGGCGGAGCUAGAAAAUUGGUCAAGGGGGUGUCUUUUUCAUAUCAUAAAAAAUCAACUACAUAAUAGAAAAGUCAACACUAAACAAGAUAAGAAGUCAACAACUUAACACUCAAACUUCAUACAAUUACAAAAUAAUAGUUUGACUUACAGUGGUUACAAGUUAAUUACAACGAACCUCGACCAUAUUUCAUAUUUGGGUUUUUGAAAGUAUUCUAGGACACAAAUUUUUUCCAAACUAGCACACAGAUCUGGUUCAAUAUAUGUCACCAUUGCGUCAUUUAACCACUCAUCGUUCAUCUGAUUUCGAAGAUCAUUCUCUAGAUAUUUCAAGGAUGAAAAUGAUCGCUCCACAUCUGUUGUUCCAACUAAAAGAAUGAGUGUCAACAUAAGAAGCAAAUAAACAUAUAAAUAGAAU